AUGACAUCGAAGCCAAAGCAGAUCCGCUUCGAAGAGGAUGGGUUCGAAGAUUGGCCAGACUCACGAUCCUCUUCGCCUACGCCCAGUGUGAGCUCUUUCCACCGGGGCUCCCGACCUGAAAAAGGCACGACCCGGAUUCCUGCUAGGAUCGUUUCAAAGCGCGCGCUCCUCGAGCUCGGCUAUCCUUUUGCCGAAGAUGGCGACACAAUCAUUGUGCAGUUAGCACUAGGACCAAAUCUCAUCGAUGGCCUUCUCAGAUUAAGUGAGAGCAUCCGAAACUCUGGCCAAGGAACUUCGGAAUAUGGUGAUGCGUGGAAACCAAAACAUCAAAGUAAGAGUCGAGGCUUCGAUUGGAUCAAUGUGGACGCUCCGAUCGCAGAGUCACCAGCCCACUCCGGCAACGAGGAAGAACACGACGAUGAUUUGGAAUCAGUCUUAGAAGGAGACGAGCUAGACAACAUCGACGGCCCAGUAGUUCACUCUGGAAUCCUUCCACUGGACAAUACCAAGCAAGUACUUUACGGAUAA